AGGCCAAAUGCCAUUCCACUCCACUCCACCCCUGCCUGACCGACCGGCCGAGCGAGCUCUGUUUCAUUUCCAUCGAGCGCAGAGGAGACGCCGCUAACGGCCAACAGAUCGGGCCGGCGAUCGACGGACGGGCUUAACCAGGUCGGAACGGCGGCGGUUGCAAGAGGAGAGGAGAGGAGAGGAGGAGCGCUCCCGGGAGCUCCACCAUGUGGAGGCAGCAUUACCACCGCGGCCACACGGGACAUGACAAGGAGCACUUCUUUGCCGUGGCUUCGGGUGAUUUCACCCACCCGCAGUAUGUGCAUACCGUGGGAGGUUGGAGACCAUUUGGGGAGCAUGAUCUCUGAGACCAUCACACUAGAAGCUCCUAAUGGCAUAUUCUGUAUUGGGGUGUGUAGAAAGGCGGGUGAGCUAGUUCUUCAGUCUGCCUGGGAUAAGUUUGUCGCAAUGCAUCACAUAGAAGAAAAUUAUUCUUUUUGGUUCGUGUGCCCUGGGAACUCUACCUUUAAGGUUCAUAUAUUCAAUCCCAACGGUCAUGAGAAGGCCAGUUCCUGUUCUCAACCACCUUCUCAGAGCUUUGGAGGUGUUCCACCUGGCGCUAUUUGCGAUCAUCAUGCGCCGAAUGAACAACUACUGUCUGAUCCUGGACAUGUUCGGACCUCCACUGACUAUGGCUAUAGCACAUUACCUGGCUGCCAUCUAACCAAAGCACAAGAUGAGAAAGUACGUGAAAUAGCUUGUACCAUGAGAUCUCAAGUUCCCCUUUAUGUGGCAGUCAUGAACAAAAGCAAUGUCAACUUGAAGGAUUGCUCUGUUAACUUACCGUUAAAGCUUGUGGAACAUUUCAAAGAGGACACAUCUAAAGCUACUAUUCAACUAGAAGCCCCUAAUGACAAUAUAUACGGUGUUGAAGCUUGCAAGCACGGUGAUGACCAAAUAGUCCUCCAAUAUGGGUGGAAAAAUCUUGUAGAUGCUAAUCGCAUACAAGAGAAUGACCUCCUUAUUUUUAUAACCAAGGGUAAAAAACGCCUUGAAGUUCGUAUUCUUGGCACAAGUGUUCAUCAGAGAACCUCUUCAUGCUUUGAUUUGGGAAAUAUUUCUAGCACUCAAGAAAUUUGUGAAGAUUCACUUGAAAUAACCGAUCCACCCCCUCAUACAGACUACUAUGUGAGUAGUUCUGAUGAUGAUCACAUUGUGGAAGAAGGCACUAGAAAAUCAUGCUACUAUGUGAGUAGUUCUGAUGAUGAUCACAUUGUGGAAGAAGGCUACUAUGUGAGUAGUUCUGAUGAUGAUCACAUUGUGGAACAAGGCACUAGAAAAUCAUUCUACUAUGUGAGUUGUUCUGAUGCUCAUGAUAUUGUGGAAGAAGGCACUAGAAAAUCAUGUAGGCGGCAGAAGCAGGCACCUAGUCACUGUGCAAAAGCUCAAAAGGUGGCUUCAACAUCCUCCCCAUCUGCUGCUAAAUCAGGAUACGAAGCUCACACGCUGAAUGAGUGAGCAUCUGUGGAGUUUGGGGUCGAUUUGGAACCUCAUAGCUCCACCAGCAAUCUCAAGGGGCCUUCCCAGCAUCCCUACAUUUUAUCUGAAGGAAGGACGCCUCUAACUAGUGUGGAGAAGAAGAAAGUUGAGGAGAAAGUUCAAGCGAUUCAAUCUGAACUUCCUAUCUAUGUGUCACUAAUGACCAAAAGCCGGAUUAAUGCCAGUCAUUUGGGCUUCCGCAGGGAAUACGGUUCAAGAUACAUUCCACACAUAAACAGAAGAAUGCGUCUCGUGCUUCAGUCGGAGGGAAGCACGACGGGGCAGCCAGCCACAGUGGUAAUAGAUAAGAAUGGUAUGAGGUGGAUUCGUGGUGGCUGGAAGAGAUUCGUCGCCGAGAAUGAUGUGCAGGAGGGGGAUAUCGCCCUCUUUGAACGGGCAAAGAGCACGAAAGAGCUCAGGAUGACCGUGUAUUUCGUCCGCAAGUCAGACAUAGAGGUGUAGCUCAAGCCCUGGUAUGUACUGGUAGUUAAUACAUUGUCUGUAUGGUUCUAACCGUGGUACCCUGCCAUGACAAGGAGUGAACUUGUAUCUCAUUUGGGAUAGUUUGGAGUCUAAUCUGCCUCUAGUUAGUACUGUCUGAUGCUCAUAUAUUAUUUGUGAUUAGGAGGAUGUCUCGAGGUAAACUGCAAACACCAUUAUGUUACGUGCAAGCUGUGUUCAGCUGCGAUUGGA